AUGAAUUUAACAAACACUGCCUUUGCAGCAGGGCCAGCGGCUGUACUGCUGACCCAUCCACUCUUGUCUUUUGAAAUCCCCACAGUAAACGCAGAAUGCGUCUUCGAGCAAACGGCGACCCCCUUCAGAUACGGCCGGCCAGAAGAGGUCAACAUCAUUAACUCUCGCACAAAGGGGGUUUGUCAAAUUUGCCGAGUGCCUGUCUUCAAGGGCGAGAGGUUCAAGGGAUACGUCCCACUGCCCCUGCAAUAUCAGCCGGUGUGGCUGGAGUUGUCAUACUACAUCAUUUUGAGCACUCAGAUGUGGAACCUUUGGGCAGAAGAAGAGAGGAAAAGUCGGAGGCCCAGAAAGCAGCAGGCCAAGAUUCUGCGUAAGAACAGCGGUGCCUUGGUAGCACAGCACAUGAUAAGUCGGUUGUUGGCCCUGGACCUCUUGCUGGAGUAUCCGAUGGAUCAUUGGAUUGGCGAAGAGCGAGUUCUGAUUUUGGACGAAUGGAAGAUUCGCGCGUCCCGGGAUUGGUUCAACUUGUCAUUUGAGAGGGCCCUGGCUGAAGGGUCCAAAUUCCUCGAAGCAGAUCCCACUAGACCAGAAAACAAAACGUUUUUCGGUGUGUUCGCCAUCUUCGUUGACCUUGCUCUUGCAACCACUUACAAGGUACACGUAGAGCAGGGUUGGAACAUAGAUGAGGACAACAAGGACUUGUUGUCGCCCCCUGAUGACCAGAUGAUGAACUGGUUGAAAGGCGAGGUCGAGGGACUUGACGACGUGUUUGAAGAGACAUUAAAGCAGGAGGCCUAUGACGCCUUGAAGAAGCCGGGUCCAUACUCAUACGCCCAAUUCCGUGAUACCGCGGUCCUACCAGCAAGAUGGCAUGAGGGACAUGUCCCUGCUCCGCGGUUCUGGGGCGAAAAACAGUGGGCAUGGAUGGCACAAGGUGCGAUCGCAGUUUUAUGCUUUGCCAUUUCACACCUGACGGUGGUGUAUUUGGCAGGCAACAAUUGUCGGAGACAACCGUUUCAAUUGUUAGCCUAUUGCCUCACGGAAGACCCGCCGUACACCCAAUUACAACAAUUCACGCAAGUUCUCGAUUCCCUUGCGUACAUUACCAUUACACACCCCAAUUGGGAUCCCCUGCAUCUCAUCGCCAAGCAGCUGUGGUUUGGAGAGAUGACUUGGAGGGAGUUUGUGGAUGACCUCAUUGAAAACCACCUCGACGCCCAUAACGUCAGGUCAUUCGACAGGGUAGCAAAACCAGAUGACCCAGCUAACACAUAUAACACCUUGGAGGUUCGUUUGGUCCUCGAAGGAUACGUUCGACGACAUGACCUGGACGAGGAUGAAGAAUGGGAUGUGAAUGAUCAAGUUCUCUGGCAGGCCCUGAGCAGAGUAGCGUCAGGGAAGAAUGAUAAGAAAGUAUGGGAAGGAAUCAUUUUGAAGAUCACAUCCGGCCGCAAAGUCACAGAUGUGUUGAAGGCAGCAAAGCCAAAUAAGAAGACAAGCAAGUCAGCAGGGAAGAAGAGUGUGAGGAAUGCCCAUCAGAAGCAGGCUCGCGCCGAUGAGGAAGGUAGCGCUGCCAGCGAACAGCAAGCAAGUGCUGGUCCAUCUGGACAUGAUGCGGAUACAAGGAUGGAGCGCAAUAUUGAGGGGUCCAGAUCAUAA